UCAGCAGCUAUGGGCAAACAGUAGAUGAGCACGGCACGAGCACGGCAUGUCAGUGUCCAUGGAGACUCUCCAAGUUCACGAGCUCCUUGCACGCGUUCUCCUGGUCCUCGCAACCAUGAUCGUCUUCAAGCGCAUGCUGCCUUCACCUUCCAAGAGGCGCGCCGCCAGCACGCCGCCGCCUCCUUUCCCACGUCCAAGAGGACUCCCCAUCAUCGGCAACCUCCACCAGCUCGGCGCGCGCCCACAGGCGUCCCUGGCCACGCUAGCGGCGCGGCACGCGGCGCCGCUCAUGCUGCUCCGCCUGGGCUCCGUGCCGACGCUCGUCGUCUCGUCCGCCGACGCGGCGCGCGCCGUGUUCCAGCACAACGACCGGGCCCUGUCGGGCCGCCCGGCGCUGUACGCGGCCGCCAGGCUCUCCUACGGCCUGCGGAACGUCUCGUUCGCGCCCCCGGACGGCGGGUUCUGGCGCGCGGCGCGGCGCGCGUGCCUGUCGGAGCUCCUCGGCGCCCCGCGCGUGCGCGGGUUCCGAGACGUCCGGGAGGCCGAGGCCGCCGCGCUCGUCGCCGCCGUGGCGGACGAGUCGUCUUCCAGGGACGGUGGCUCUCCCGUGAACCUCAGCGACAGGCUUGUUGCGACCACCAACCGGAUCGUGCGGCGUGUCGCCUUUGGCGACGACGGCGGCGGCGACGUCGACAGCGUCCGGACUAGGGCUGUCCUGGAGGAGACGCAGAGGCUUCUGGGCGCUUUCUUUGUGGCCGAUUACAUGCCGUGGCUUGGAUGGCUGGACGCACUCCGUGGCCUGCGGAGGCGGCUGGAGCGGAACUUCCGUGAGCUCGAUGCGUUCUACGAGAAGGUCAUCGACGAGCACAUCAACAAGGGCACCAAAUCCAAGGAGGAGGGGGACUUUGUUGACGUGCUCCUCCGCCUGCACAAUGACCCGGCUCAGCAGAACACGUUCGGCAGCCGUAGCCAGAUCAAAGGCAUCCUAACGGACAUGUUUAUUGCCGGGACAGACACGUCGUCGGCGACCGUGGAAUGGACGAUGACGGAGCUAGUCAGGAACCCGGACGUUCUUGCCAAAGCGCAGCAAGAGGUGCGCAGCGUCGUGUCGAACAAAGACAUGGUCCUCGAAUCCGACCUCCCGCGCCUCCAUUACCUGAAGCUAGUCAUCAGAGAGUCCCUACGGCUGCACCCGCCGGCGCCGCUCCUGGUGCCGAGGGAGACCACCGAGCCGUGCACGGUGCACGGCCGCGAGGUGCCAGCCGGGACGCGGGUGGUCGUCAACGCGAAGGCAAUCGGCAUGGACCCCGACGCGUGGGGAGCUGACGCGGCGCGUUUCGUGCCGGAGCGGCACGACGGCGACGGCGACGGCGCGGACCUCGACGACCACAAGCCGUGGCACGGCAGCUACGCGCUGGUGCCGUUCGGGGUCGGCCGGAGGAGCUGCCCCGGCGUGCACUUCGCCACGGCCGUGGUGGAGCUGCUGCUCGCCAACCUGCUGCUCUGCUUUGACUGGCGUGCGCCGCGUGGCGAGGUGGUGGAUGUUGAGGAGGAGAACGCGCUGACAAUACCCGCCGGGACGCGGGUGAUCGUCAACGCGAAGGCCAUCGGCACCGACGCUGGCGCGUGGGGGCCCGACGCGGCGCGGUUCGUGCCCGAGCGGCACCUGGCCGAGGGCGUCGACCUCAGCGACCACAAGCCGUGGCACGACGGCGGCUUCGCGCUCGUGCCGUUCGGGAUGGGCCGGAGGAGCUGCCCCGGCGUGCACUUCGCGACGGCCGUCGUCGAGCUGCUGCUCGCCAAUCUGCUCUUCUGCUUCGACUGGCGUGCACCGCUCGGCGAGGUGGAUGUGGAGGAGAAGCCAGGGCUUAUUGUGUCCAGGAACAACCCUCUCGUGCUUGUACCUGAAAGGAGAUGCGUGAAGUGAUGCGUUGGGUACUAUGUGACGAGAACGCUUUCGUCACUUCUCGGAAUCUUAUGGUUUCGGUAUUUCCUCGUAGUGGCGUUUAUCCUCCAAUUUUACUCUCAAAGUACUCUUCGCUGGCAAAAAAAAGUUCGGUACUUUUUUUUU